AUGGAUGAGAGGGUAGUGAGGCAGGCGGUGUUAAGCACGUCGAGCGAUGAGAAGAGGAUAUACAGGUCGCGGAUGCAGAAGUUCAGCAAAUCGCACGCGCUGUAUGUGAUACUGCUUGGCGCGCUCGCGUUCUUGCAGUUCGUCGCAAUUGCGUUCUUUGCAAAGGGAUUUCUCUUGUCCAGGACGGUGCUGGACAACGUGUCCACCACCAGUGAUAACCCGCUUGCGGUGGACAAGAAGUUCGAUAAGAUGGUGCUGCUGGUGGUGGACGCGCUGCGGUUCGAUUUCGUGGUGCCGGUGUCCACAUCACACCCCAAUUACAACGAGAACUUCCACAACAACUUGGAUGUGCUGUACAACACUUGGCUCUCCACGCGACACGGCGGGCGUGGCGGGUACAGCAACAGCGGCUCCUCGAUCCUGCUGAAGUUCAUCGCCGACCCACCAACAACCACUUUGCAAAGACUAAAGGGACUCACCACGGGGUCUUUGCCCACUUUCAUCGACGCGGGAUCCAACUUCGACGGAAGUGUCAUCGAGGAGGAUAACCUGAUCAAGCAGCUGUUCUUGGCCAACAAGUCAGUGAGCUUUGUAGGAGACGACACUUGGGACGCGCUGUUCCACCCUUUCCUAGCAAACAACAGCGAACCGUACCCGUCCCUAAACGUCUGGGACCUCGACACUGUGGACAAUGGUGUCAUCUCGUACUUCAAGUCGCACCUGUUGGAUAAAUCCGCCGACCGCAAUUGGGACAUCCUCGUGGGCCAUAUGCUGGGUGUAGACCAUGUGGGCCACAAGUACGGUCCUAACCACUUUACCAUGAGAGAAAAACAGAACCAGGUUAACAGAUUCAUCCAGGAGAUCAUCGAAUCAAUCGAUAACGAUACUUUGCUAGUGGUGAUGGGUGACCACGGAAUGGACCACACUGGUAACCACGGUGGAGACUCCCAAGAUGAACUAGAGAGCACUUUGUUCUUUUACACAAAGAGACAAAACACUUGGAAAAAUCAAAAUGGUAACUACGAUAUCGAAAACUUGGCACAAAACUACCACAGCGUAAACCAAAUUGAUCUAGUGCCUACCUUGUCUCUAUUGCUAGAUAUUCCAGUACCCUUUAACAACUUGGGCUGGCCUAUCUCAGAAGCUUUCGAGAAUGAAAAGGAGGAACUAGCAUGCGAUAAUGUAGUCCUGCAACAACUGAAAAGAUAUGCAGAUGUCAUGCAGCUGACAUACACUGAAGAAUUGGAGGAAACCAUGUCUGCACUUUGGAGAAAUAGUACUGCAGAUGUCUUUGCCGCGUCCCAAUACCAACAAAAGUUUCUUGAAGUUUGUAAAGAUAAAUGGGCUAGAUUUGACUAUUGGUCAAUCGCAAGCGGAACAAUCUUGUUAACCAUUUCUUUGAUACUCUUACUUUCAAUAACGAAACUGAUUCCAUCUAUCGUUGUGAAUCAAAUGGUCCCAGAAUUCGUUCCUUGGAUAAUCAUCAUGUCCCUGAUAUCAAAUGUGUGCUUCCAUGGUAUCUUUUACGUUUUCCAUCAACCAGUGUUUUUAGAUAAUGUAUGGUGGUGCACACUUUUCGCGUCUGCUGUAGGUAUCAUCACCGGCUGCAGUAUUUCCAUCUUUGACCGUUACAGCUUUGUUUGGCUGGUUAUGAAAAUGGUCGAGAUCUUGUCAGAUUAUUGGUCUCGUAUUGGUGCAAUGUUUGUAGUCAUACAUGCUAUGCUAUUUACAUCAAAUUCUUUCACAAUAUGGGAAGACCGUAUAGUCGCCAUAAUGCUGAUUACUUUUGGUAUGCUUACUCUGUAUGAGUUCACAUUUUUGCCUACAAGACAGUCUACAUCGGCAUUACUCACAGCUGCAAUUGGCGAAAAACAAGGUACAACAUCAGGUGUAAGCCAAUCUACUGCAAACUCCAACAAUCUACCUCUAACUCGUUUUGCCAGAUUGCUGGGAUCUUAUCACUCAAUUGUCCUGAUAGUCUCGACCAGAGUUGCAUCUGUGAUUACUAUAUGUAGAGAAGAACAAGGUGAAUACUGUACACCAACUUUCACAACUAAAAACAACUAUGCAUGGUGGUGCUUGGGCCUUUGCCUUUUGAUCGUCAUUCUGCUACCAAUUUGUAUCAAGGGCUAUUACAACUUGUCGUCCUCAUACCAAGCAGCUGCUCCUAUUUGGGUGGACAUGUUCCUGAAAGGUGCUCUUUUCGUCAACUUCCUGUAUUGGUCCAUCACUGCCGUUGAAAAUAGUACAGAAUCACUUGAAUGGGAUACAAAAACAGUGAAAAUAACCAUUGCAAGAAUAAUUGCUGGGUUUUCCUUAAUCGCAACUAAUGUUGGUUGGAUGAUGGGUCCCCUAUGUAUUAAGUUAAAUGUCAAGAACGCUGACUUGAAAUCGAACCAGGCAACAAUCUUAGGCUAUACCAACAUCUACGGCUCCGAAUUUUUCCUACUUGUCAUUAAUGCACUUAUGGCUAUUAUGUUAUUUAAUAAACCACUUGCUCAACUGUCUCUGUUCUUGAUGGUCAACCAAAUUUUAUCAAUCUUUGAAAUUAUUGAUCUCUUAAAGUUGAAGGAAAACAUCGUCGGACCUAUCGCCCUUGGAUUAGUCGCUUACCAACAGUUUUUCAGUACUGGCCAUCAAGCUACAAUUCCUUCAGUUCAAUGGGAUGUUGGCUUUAUUCUGUCAGACAAGAUUAUCUUCCCAUUCACACACUUGGGAAUAUUGCUGAAUACGUUUGGCCCACAUAUAAUAGUGUCAUUAUCGGUGGCUCUACUCACUUUAUGGUCACAACCACCUGAUGUCUUGAAACCACAAACGUUAUUAGGACGUAUAGUUUCAAACUGUGGUGUUCUUUUGACGUACAAUACUGUAUUGUGCCUGAGCUCCUUCAUUUGGGUAACCCACUUUAGAAGACAUCUAAUGGUAUGGAAGAUUUUCUGCCCUAGAUUUAUAUUUGCAUGUUUAAGUUUGAUAGUCAUGCAACUGGUAAUAACUUUUGGUACUAUAGGUUUCGCCAGUGGUCGCUUAAUCAGACAUAUUAAUGACAUAUUUUGGAAAUAG